ACUGUGGUAACCAUGGUGACUGCUGUACGGCUGCGCGUGAACAUGUCCUGACGCGGCUUCCGUAGCCCGUGUGCGGAAACCCCGCGCCAUCAGAUGAGCGACGAUGAAGUGAAAGACACACAAGAUGGCGACGAUCGGCGGAUAGAUGAGCGAUCACGUAAACAUUUAAACGAUCCGACCCGUUUAAUGCUUAUUCCGAGUUAUAACUGAGACCCAGCACAGAUAAACGAGACAGUAGACUGUUCACGCGAGAGUCUGAGGAUCAUGAGGUUGAAAGUCUGAGGUUUGACUCAUUCUACAGGUAAAUUGAUUUCCGAGCUUAAGAUGAACGAUAGGAGAGAUUAAACCAAGUGGUUCGACGUAAAUAAACCGUGAUAAAAUCCGUUUAGUGAGACUCCGAUACAGUCUUCGGGUAAUUUCCAGAGGUUCGCGUGGGUUAGUGAGGUAAACUAGUAGGUUUAGUGAGGUAGGAUGACUAGUACCCGGCUGUGUGGAUGCGAGGGCAGACAGUACUAGUUCCCUGUGGUAAACCUGAGGUGAAUAUGCGUCAGGGCUGCUAGUGUUGUUUAGGCGAGUUAGGUUUGGGUUAGUGUAGUUAAGAUGAGUGACACCCGGCGGCGCGUGAAGCUGUACACGCUGAAUGAGGACAGACAGUGGGAGGACAGAGGCACUGGACAUGUGUCCUGCUCUUAUGAGGACACCGAGAAGGAGACAUCACUCACUGUCACCGCUGAAUCUGACGGGUCACUGCUGCUGGAGUCCAAGAUCAACACCAGCACUGCAUAUCAGAAACAGCAGGACACGCUUAUCGUUUGGUCCGAAGCGGAGAACUAUGACCUAGCUCUGAGUUUCCAAGAGAAAGCUGGCUGCGAUGAAAUCUGGGAGAAGAUCUGUCAGGUGCAGGGCAAAGACCCGUCGGUGGAGAUCACUCAGGACCCCAUCGAUGAAUCGGAGGAGGAGCGUUUCGAGGAGAUGCCGGAGACGGCUCAUCUGGUGGAGCUGCCGCCCUGCGAGCCCGAGCGGCUGGAGGAGAUCGCCGAGCUGGUGACGUCCGUGCUGUCCUCGCCCAUCCGGCGGGAGAAGCUGGCGCUCGCCCUGGUGAGCACGGGAUACAUCCGGAAGCUGCUGCAGCUCUUCAGGACCUGCGAGGACUCAGAGCACCGCGAGGGCCUGCACCACCUGUACGAGAUUGUGCGCGGCGUGCUCUUCCUCAACAAAGCCACGCUGUUCGAAGUCAUGUUCUCCGACGACUGCAUCAUGGACGUGGUGGGCUGUCUGGAGUACGACCCGGCGCUCGUCCAGCCCAAGAGACACCGCGAGUUCCUCACCAAGACGGCCAAGUUCAAAGAGGUGAUUCCCAUCACGGACUCGGAGCUGCGGCAGAAGAUCCACCAGACGUACCGCGUGCAGUACAUCCAGGACAUCAUCCUGCCCACGCCGUCCGUCUUCGAGGAGAACUUCCUGUCCACGCUGUCCUCCUUCAUCUUCUUCAAUAAAGUGGAGAUCGUCAGCAUGCUGCAGGAGGAUGAGAAGUUCCUCACGGAGGUGUUUGCUCAGCUGACGGAUGAAGCCACAGAGGACGACAAGAGGAGAGAGCUGGUCAACUUCUUCAAGGAGUUUUGUGCUUUCUCACAAACACUGCAGCCGCAGAACAGAGACGCUUUCUUCAAAACGCUGGCAAAUCUGGGGAUUUUACCUGCCUUGGAAAUAGUGAUGGGCAUGGAUGACGUCCAGGUGAAGGCUGCCGCCACGGACAUCUUCUCUUACCUGGUGGAGUUCAGUCCGUCCAUGGUGCGAGAGUUCGUCAUGCAGGAGCCGCAGCAGGCCGAUGACGACGUGCUGCUGAUUAACGUGGUGAUCAAGCAGAUGAUCUGUGACUCGGACCCUGAGCUGGGCGGUGCGGUGCAGCUGAUGGGGCUGCUGCGGACCCUCAUCGACCCCGAGAACAUGCUCGCUCCGGCCAGUUUUAAUGCCAAGAACAUACAUGACUGGAAACGAGUGCAUAUAGGCUCUCAGGACAGUUCUUACAUCACAUCAUAUCAGGAAUAUGAGAAAACAAACACUUCAACACUCAGCAUUAUGUUUUAUAAAGCGGAGAAGAGCGAGUUCCUGAGUUUCUUCUACAAGUACUGUAUGCAUGUGCUGACCGCUCCGCUGCUGGCCAACACCGCUGAGGAGGACCAAGAUCUGAGCGAGGGAUCGGCUAGAGUCAACCCCGUGUGUCCAGAUAACUUCCAGACGGCGCAGCUGCUGGCUCUGAUCCUGGAGCUGCUGACGUUCUGCGUGGAGCACCACACGUACCACAUCAAGAACUACAUCAUGACUAAAGACCUGCUGAGGAGAGUGCUGACGCUCAUGAACUCCAAACACACCUUCCUGGCGCUGUGUGCCCUGCGCUUCAUGAGGAGGAUCAUUGGACUGAAGGACGAGUAUUACAACCGCUACAUCGUGAAAGGAAACCUGUUUGAGCCGGUCAUCAACGCCCUGCUGGACAACGGCACCAGAUACAACCUGCUGAACUCGGCCAUCAUCGAGCUCUUCGAGUUCAUCAAAGUGGAGGACAUCCGGUCUCUCAUCGCACACAUCGUGGAUAACUUCUACAAGGCGCUGGAGUCCAUCGAGUACGUGCAGACAUUCAAGGGUCUGAAGGGCCGCUACGAGCAGGAGAAAGAGCGGCAGAGCCGAGGACUCAGCAGGUACCGCAGAGACGCACGCUCGUUUGAGGAGGACGAAGACAUGUGGCUGAAUGAUGACGAGGAAGAGGAGGAUGUCUCUGACACUGGCUUCGAGAAGAGCAAGAGCGACUACGGGAAGUUCAUGGAGAGCGAGAAAGCUAAAGAAAGUCAAGACAAAGAGAACCAGCCCAAGCGCACAACGACAGGCAGCUUUAAGUUCACCUUCUCUCAUUCAGCAGCGGCGGCCAACGCAAGCAACGGUUCCAAACCUCCACCCUCAUCUUCCUCCAGCAGCUCCAAACCUGCAGCGCCUCCUUCUGGCCAGACGGCACGGACUGGACUGGUGGGUCUGGUGGAUUAUCCAGAUGAUGAAGAUGAGGAGGAGGACGAUGACGAGGAGCAGUCGCCACGCAAGCGGCCUCGUCUGGGCUCAUAAAGCCGUCUGCAGUCACGUGUCCGCUGUGCCCGGCCUCUAUCUCCACCCCACCUGAUCCAGAGGAGCGCAGGGAGCCAAUCACAGCAGCAGCAGUCGUGCUGAUGGGAGAGGCUAGCAGGACUAGCCGCGCUGAUGAACGCUGGAUUGGCUCAAACUCUGGGACUGAAGAGCUGCUGUAACGUGGCUCAAGUUCAGCAGGCUACUUCCUUUUUUAAUUAAUUCUUCUGGACGUUUGUGUUUUUUAAUGAUUGACAGGAGAUCUCGCCGGUGCCGUGUUUAGUGCGCAGGUGAGGCCGUUAUUAACCUUUAUAAUCGGAUGUCUGUGAUUCAGGCUAGGAUUUGCAAUGUUGGUUUUUAAAACAUUAAAUUGCAGUACGAGGAGUGUUUGGUGUGUGAGACUGAUCUCAGAUCAGCUCUGUCCAGAGAAUACGGCGCUGUUCCUCAAUGACUUUCACAACCUUAGACUCAAUAUUAUUAGCUGUUUUUGUUUUUCCCCUAAUUUUUGUACAAUUUCCUACUAGCACCAUCUCCGUUAAAGAGCAUUUGUAUAAAUUUGAUAUUUUUUACAAUUUUCAGAUUAAAUUUGGUCCUGCAAUUAAA